UCAAGAAGAUCUGACAGUACAAUAUUUCUUCUAUAUAACCUAGUGUUUCUUCCCGACUGCCUUUCUUUUUAUUUGAAUUGGAUACACAUACAAAAGAAUCAAUAUCACUGACUGUCUCUGAUUGAACACACCUAUUUCCCAGAGAUAUCGGUACCUCUUGCGCCAAAUUUUCAUCAUCUUCAUCAUGCUUGCUAUCGACAACGUUAUCGCUAUAUGUUUUGGUCUGAUUAGCGUUCUCCUCGCAAUUAUUUCGCUGUAUGUUAUGUGCAAACCAAAAGCCGCUUCAGACUUAUCAGGGCUGGACCUUGAGUUAGGUCCACGAACUACGAGCCUACCCCCUAGUCGAGCAUAUCCGAACUCAAUAUCUUCUAGUCUUCCUAGUAGAGCACCUUCAACCUCAGCGUAUUCUAGUCUCCCUAGCAGGGCUCAAAUCUCAGUGCACAAUGAUACCUACAACCACCUCCGUUCAAUCAGACAAGCCCCUCAGCGUGCGACAAAUCAGUUCCAAAAUUUUGCCAUAUUCGUUCCGGCGAUGACAUUUGCUACAGCGGAGCCUUCGCCUGAACCUACGAUGGAGCUCUAUCAAGUAACGCAGUCGGCGAGGUUUAUAUCAUACAAUCGGAGUUGGGGAUGAUAUUUGAGGCAAUGUGGACCAUUAAAGGGCGGCUAGAUAGUUGGGAUUAUUGAUGGGUGUACUGGUAUCCAUGGUAACAUCGAUGGAGUUAUUAUUUUAGACGGAGAUUGGAUUAUUAUGUUUUGAUAUAUGGUUGAGAUGCUUUUCAGUUAUGGGGGGACGGGUAGUAGCGGUUAGAAGAUAGAUGGCAUCAGACUCCCAGGUGUGUUUCGCCUUAUCCGACGAGGAACAGUGAUGAUGAUGGCGCAGAGUUGUUUCAUUAAUCCAUAUUUAUAUCUGUAUAGUUGUGGUUCUCUUACAGUAGCUAACAUGAAAUAGUUGUCGCGGGGCCAAGAGAAAACGAGGGGUUCUAGGCCUAUGACGUAUAUGGACUCCACACACUAGCCACAGGCCGCUAGAUCCCGAGGUCCCGCACUUCCAAGCCCGGCGGGGGCGUUCUAGAAGACAACGGUGUGGUGGUGUGGCUUCGGCGUGGUUAUCUGUGAUAAGGCUUAGGCUGAGCUGACCACCAAGACUAGAGACUAGGUACAACGCUAAAGGAUGUUCACAAAUGCGUUGUGAAACAACAUUUCCACAACAUGUACGAGUAUAUUUAAAUCUAAUGGAUACUAGACUUUCUUUACCUAAUCUGAGAUCCAACAAUUGAAGCUACCUACC